AUAAGUGAUAACAUGAUUCGCACAGUUAAAUAAAAGAUAUUCAAUGUGCCAUUAACGGACGAGUUAAAAUUAUGUAGUGUACAAUAUGUGUUUUUUAAUAUUUCAAAUGUUUAUCUAAUACAUUAAUCAUGUCAUCAUUUUCAAACAAUUUGAUUCAAAAUCCUCAAACAUCUCAUGCUAUCCAACAAGUUCAACAAAACUCAGCUUCAACAAAUUUCAACUCUACUCUUAUCAAUGAUUCUAUGAAACCAUUAGAUGAUCCUAAAUAUUUGUGGCAAAAUUCUUUUUAUUUUCAACAAAUCCAAGAACAAUCAAAAAUGCCAGUCAAACAGAAAUCAAAAAAAAAUGAAAUAUUUCAAUUCACCAAUCAGUUUUUGUAUGGAACUUAUAUGCCACCAUAUUAUUCGGUAUUGAAUUUUCCAUUGAUGGAGAAAUUAGUAUUACAUCAAAAAAAUCCUAAAGCUCCACUUGCUAAAUUACUUAUGAUGCACAAAGAACUUAUUGAUCAAGAACGGGAACUUUUUGACCAAUGGCUUUCUUCUAUUUGGGAAGAAAAUUUAAAAAACCGACGUCUCACUGUCAUACCCCAUGUUGAAGAAUAUAUUAAAUCUGCUUAUAACUUUUCGAAUUGUUAUAUAAAAUCACAUUAUAAUGGUAAAUAUACAUCUAAAAUGAAAAUUGACUAUAAUCGAGAAGAAUGUGAAAUGGAGUAUAAAGUAGAAAUGGUACAUUGCUUAAGAGUAAAAAAAUCGAAUAUGGUUUGCUCCAUUCAACUCCCUAAAAUUGAUAUCACAGAUGUUGAAUCAAAAAUAUCUUUUAAAGACCAUGUGUACAUUCCACCUCAAAAAUCACAAUUUAUAAAAGAUGAACUAUGUCACGAACUAAUGAAAGAACAUAGUUGUGAAAUUAGUAUGUGUUUAAGUAGUCUUAAGCAUAUAAUGAGUUUAGAAAAACCUAAUAGUGUAUGGCUUAUUCCUGUUAAUAUAAAUACCGAUAUCGAUAAUCUUAAAACAGUUCAUAUUGGUGGAGCAUUGUCUACAGGGCAUUUCUCCCAACAAGAUAAAAGUUUAUAUUAUCUUAGAAAAGAAUUGAAAAGAAAAUUCAGAGAACUCGUUCUUGAAGAUGAAAAUGGUGAAGAACAGAAUGGUUCUAUAUAUAACUAUGAUAAAUGGAAUUUGAAUGUAAAUGAAAUAAAUGGUAUUUUAAAAAAAUCGUUUAACAUACUUAUAAGAAAUAAACCUCAUAUUCGAAGUUUUAAGAAAUCGAAUCAUGAACAACCUGAAAGUGUGCUUAUGCCAAAAGUUGAAUAUCAACCUGAAUUUGGGUUUGAAAAACUAUGUGAAGAACAACUCAUUGAAUAUUGGCUAGACACAUACUUUAGAAAUCCCAAAACCAAAAUAACAUUAUUUUCCGUGCAAUACAACAUGGAUAUUAUGAUGGUAAAAAAAUGUUUAAAUAUUGAAAACUGCAGUGAAAAUUUAGAGAGGGUUAAAAAAAUGCGUUUGCAAAGAUUGUACAUAACACUUGAUAAAUUAUCAAAAUUAGAUACAGGGGAAUAUGUUUUAUUGCACAAUCCAAAAAAACCAUUUCAAGUUGAAGUUUACCAGUUAUCUACAUAUGGCGGUUUCAAUUUAUUAAAUAUGUAUUAUGUCUUACAACAGACUGAAGUGUCAGAUUCGUUAGUUUGGAACCCUGUCGAUUCACAAAUGAUUUGCCCCAUUCAUGAACAUUUUAAAGUAGCACCAUGCAUGUUCAGGCCAAAUCCAGUAGUACUGAAUGUCCAAACAAUACAUGAUCAAGUUACUAAGUUUAAAACUGUUUUGGAAACCCAGGAAAAAAUUGAGAAAGAAAGAAUUGCAAAAAGGAUGAAAAUUAAGAAAGAGAAAAACAGAGCAAAACAAAAAUUAAAAAGAGAAAACGAUAAUUUGUUUCAAAUGAAAUGUAAAGCAUUAAAUAAAUGAUUAAAUGUAUUUAAGUGAAGAAACUAUAAUUGGCUUAUAGAAUCACCACUGUCAUUGUAAUCUGUUACCAAAAAUUGAAAAU